CGUUAGCGAUAUGUAAUCAGGACUGUAAACCGGGCACGAGUCGUCAUUAUACCGAGAAUAAGUCGACUUGUUGUUUUCGUUGCCUGCUUUGUACAGGUAAUACCGUAUCAAACACUACAAAUGCCGAAACGUGUAUGGUUUGUGGUCAAGACCAGUACGCCAAUAAUAACCGGACAACCUGCCUGAAAAAAAGGCCUGAUGUGUUUUUGUGGGACAACAUCGUAUCUAUCAUUUUCUGCAUCGUAAGCGUUCUAGGGAGCUUGGCAACUGUUGCUGUCUCGUACAUUUUCUACAAACAUCGCAGCACACCUGUUGUCAAGGCUUCUAGCUUAUCACAUAGCUUCGUCUUGGCAUUUGUUUUAUUUUUGAGCUUUCAGAUGGUUUACUUCUACAUAGGAAUUCCAACAGAUACCCUGUGCAAAGUCAAGUCGCUCAUCGAUGGGCUUAAUCUUACGGCUAUCCUAGGGAUCUUCUGCGCUAAGCUAUACGUCAUUGUGAAAAUCUUUAAUAAUAAGAUAAAUAGGCCUAUUCAGAUAGCUACUAAACUGUUUUAUCUGUAUUCGUGGAUACUGGUUGCAGCUAUCAUCGCUUUUCAUCUAGCAUUCAACGUAAUUCAUGAAAUCGCCAUCCCCAGCAACGUUGUUCAUGAUUACAACAACUCAUUAACAAUUCUACCUAUCUUCUGCACUAAAACUGAUGCUCGUUUUAUUGUCACAAACAUUUAUCAAUUGAUAUUGUCUUUAGUGUGCUUUAUCUUUGCUUUCCGCGCCCGGAACUUGCCAAAGAAUUUCCAAGAAGCGAGGUUCAUAUGGUUCAUCAUGUUCACAUGGUGUAUUCUUGGCGUGUUCUCAUUUCCCGCGCAUUUUGCGGCAGCCGAAAAGCUUCAGAUAUGUUUUCAAGUAAUAUUUCUUCUGUUAUUCAAUUUUUUUACGCUUUCAGCAUUUUAUUUUCCAAAAUGCUACCUUAUUUACUUUCGUCCAGACAAAAAUACAAGAGAAAAUGUUGGAAAAGAGAUCCGCGAACAAGGAGCAUCACAACCACGCGAAUGCACCAACGUACCGACGUGCAUCACAGCACUAUCAGACGAGUCGAGUUCAGGUCAUGAACUAUCGGGAAAAUGUGUAAACAUAAAUCAUAAUGCUCCCAAAGAUAUACCGUCUGCUGAAAUCUGAAAAAUACCACUGGCCCCAGCCCCAUCAUUUUUUUUUUGUUUUUGUUUUUUAUUAAUUUUUUUAGCGUAAUACAGACAGUAUUAAAUGUAAAUUUAGUUCGUCUUCUAAAUACCUUUUAAACUCUGUCCCCACUAAAAAUAUUAAAAAUAUUCUGUUAGCUGUCUAUUAAGAUACAUGUCCAUAAUGAUAUCAUAUCACACCCACAUAUGCAAAUUACAGUGAACAGGGUUUUAAAAAUGUGUACAAGAUGCUUUAAGCCCUUGGUGCAACCCAAAAUAAGUUGGGUUUUUUUGUUUUUGUUUUUUCCGCUUUUUUUUUCUUGUUUUUAUAAAUCUGGUCACCCCAUGUCAUCUUGCAUACCUUACCGAUCACCAAAACAGGCCUUUAUUUGGGUUACUCAGAACAUUUUGUGAAAUAUAAUUUUUUUUUAUUACAUUUAGUACGCGCCACACCAAAGUUAAUUAGUGUCUAUUUUUCGGCGUAUCAUUCGUUAGUGUCGCUGUAUAGAAUAAGAAGAAACUGUUUAUAAGACCGAACUUGUUUACUAGUGCAUGUGCUUAGCCCUCUACAACAUGCUAAGCCCCCUAAAACGGUUACCAAAGUGACAAAAUUGUAACCAAGGACCCUGGUGUUGAAUUGCUAACAUUUUCACUACUAAGGCGAGACUUUUUAUACCUUGUUUCGCAAACUUAUAUUUUUUAGUUCGUCAGAGGAGGGUGGAAAAAAAAAAUAAAAGUAAAAUUUUGUUUUCACAUUUAGCAAAAUGAGUUUGCCAAAGCCAUUUAUGCGGAGGAGAAAAUAAAAAUAAAAUUUCAUUAAUGAAUGAAACAGAGUAGUAUUGAGAUUGAUAAAUGUCUUAAAUUUUCAUAAUUAAAGAAAACUGUAUAAAUAUAUAGGUUAUCAUAUUUUUGGAUUUCAAACCCAAUUUAAGGGGCCCCGGGGAGCCAAAGGCGUAUUAAAAAAAUUAAUAUAAAAUUGUAUUAGUAUGACAUUUUCAUUUUUUUCAUAGCGAAAUGGCCAAAAAUAAAAUGAUAUUUCUAUUCAAAACCACCAAUUUGAGGGUCGAAGGGUUUGCUAAACAAAAAGGAAUAAAAAAAAUCCCGCCUAAGCUAUUCAAAUAUUAUAGGGCCCACAUAAUAAUUUGCACAUGAGCCAACACAACCAUAAUAUGUUCUAAAUAUCUCUGUUAUAAUAAAUCUAUAGUGUAUAUCCAACUGGCAGCCGUUUUAGCCGAUGAAUACAGUGUGCUUUUUGUAUAUAUCGAGAUCAUAUUUCAUAGAUGAUUUAUUUAUGCAAAAAGUGUAUUUUCGUAUUUAUAUAGUUAAAAAAACUUUUUGAUUAUUUGGUGGGACUUAAACAGAUACUAAUUAUCUAAUGUUCGAAAACAAUUUUGAAAGUAUAUAGUUCUUUUUUUUUUAUAAUAAAGUGGUUUUGUAAACAUUUUACCUACCAUCACGCUGAUAUUAAGUUUGUGCAAAAUGGUAGUUAUUGUAUAGUAAGUGAUGCUAGGAUAAUCAAUUUAUGUAAGUGCUGUACCGUUGUUUCAUACCGUACUAUUUUUUAUUUUAAUAUUGUGUCUAUAUGCAUAAAGUGAUUUGUAUGAUAAUUCUUGUUUUAAACAUACUACUAUGACCAAUAAUGAACAAAACCUAAAAAAGAAUAUCAUUUCACUUACUUAAUAGCUUUUUCAUAAUUAUUGAUAUUACUAGUAUAGUUUUGAUUGUUAUUCUAUUAGAAGAUUUUGUGCUUUGUAUACGUUUUCCUGCUUGUUCAUCCAAGUUUUACAGAGUUUCUGACUUUUUGUGGUUUGUUGUGACUCUUUAAUUGCUACUAUAGCCUUAACCAUAACAUUUAUAUUAGCUGCUUUUGUCAUGUCCUAGCAAGCUUGUUGAAACUUUUGUUUCAGUUAUAUAUCAGCUGAAUGCUAUGUUCUAGCUCACCAUCGGUCAAAGCCAUCUAUGCGGAGGAGAAAAUAAAAAUAAAAUUUCAUUAAUGAAUGAAACAGAGUAGUAAUGAGAUUGAUAAAUGCCUUAAAUUUUCAUAAUUAAAGAAAACUGUAUAAAUAUAUAUAGGUUAUCAUAUUUUUGGAUUUCAAACCCAAUUUAAACAUUGUCAUGUUUUCAAUGCGCACAGAUAUCGGACAACAGUAAUUGUAUACAAAUAAGCUUUAUGAUAUCCCUUUUGUUAGAAAGUGAUAUGAAACUCACAAAAUAUCAGUUCAUGCAUUCAUUUUCUUCUGUUGUGUUCUGUCAGUUAAAAAUUUAAAAAUAAAACAAAAGCUCCUUAAAGUGUGAACAGCCUCGUAAUCCUGAUGAGGAACUUGCCAAGUAGUGAUCGAUUUCCUCUUUGCAACCCACUAUCAGUUCAGGAAUUUAUUUACUUCUGCUGUUCUCUCAGUUAAAAUAUAAAAAUAAAAAAAUAAAUAAUAAUAAUAAUAAAAAACAAACAACUAAUGCAAAAUAUCAUCUCUAAUCUUGUGCAAGUAUACAAGCUUGUAUACC